UAUUUCUACUCCAAAUCUAAACACAGAGAGAGAGUUGUCCUUAUCAGUCUGUGUGUUCCCCUGUUUCAGAGUCUCUACUUCAGAGGGAGACUACGAGAUCAAAGAAUAAUGGUGGCAACGACUAGGGUUGAGAGUCUGGUGAACAGCGGGAUCGAAUCCGUCCCCAAGGAGUAUAUUCGGCCAAAGGAAGAGCUGAUGAGCAUCGGAGACAUCUUCCAGGAAGAGAAGAACGAAGAAGGCCCUCAGCUUCCGACCAUUGAUCUUCAAGCCAUCGAUUCGGAGGACGAGACCGUUCGCCGGAAAUGCAUGGAAGAACUCAGGAACGCGGCCAUGGAGUGGGGGGUGAUGCACCUGAUCAACCACGGGAUACCGGAGGAUCUCAUCGAGCGGCUGAAGAAAUCCGGCGAAGGGUUUUUCCGGUUGCCGGUGGAGGAGAAGGAGAAGUAUGCAAACGAUCAAGCCGCCGGGAAAAUCCAAGGCUACGGAAGCAAACUGGCUAACAACGCGAGCGGACAGUUGGAGUGGGAAGACUACUUCUUCCACCUUGUCUUCCCCGAGGACAAGAGGGAUUUGUCCCUUUGGCCUAAGACACCGAGUGACUACACAGAGGUGACAAGCGACUACGCAAAGCGUCUAAGGGCACUCGCGGGUAAGAUCUUCUCGUGCCUCUCGGUCGGGUUAGGCCUCGAGCCUGAGCGGUUAGAGAAAGAGGUGGGAGGAAUGGAAGAGCUUCUCCUACAGAUGAAAAUAAACUACUACCCAAAAUGCCCUCAACCGGAGCUAGCCCUAGGCGUAGAGGCACACACCGACGUCAGCGCCUUAACGUUCAUCCUCCACAACAUGGUUCCGGGGUUACAGCUCUUCUAUGAGGGGAAAUGGGUGACGGCAAAAUGCGUUCCGAACUCGAUCAUAAUGCACAUAGGGGACACGCUAGAGAUACUGAGCAAUGGGGCUUACAAGAGCAUACUGCACAGAGGGCUGGUGAACAAGGAGAAGGUUAGGAUAUCGUGGGCGGUUUUCUGCGAGCCGCCCAAGGAGAAGAUCGUGCUGAAGCCGUUGCCGGAGACGGUGACAGCUGAAUCUCCGGCUAAGUUCCCUCCCCGGACUUUUGCCCAGCACAUUCACCAUAAGCUGUUCAGGAAGGCGCAGGAGGAUGAGGAUGGCAAGUUGGCUACGAAAGAGGAUGCUAAUUAAGAUCAUAAAAUAUGUUUUUUUCUUUUCGAGAUGCUUCCAUUGAUUUUUCUUGAGCUAUAUGUGUUUUAGCUUUUAUGUCGGUUUUCUCCUCUUGCCUUUAUGAAUGUCCAUGCUUGGUCAAGAAAUAAAAAUAUAUUAUGAUAUGAA